GGCUGGAGCACCCGGCGCGCGCGCCCGAGAGCAUCUCAGCGCCCGAGCUCGUAGCCAGGGAAAAUCCUGCCCUGAAUCUCAACACAGCUGAAGCAACUACUGACACUUUAAAGAUGUGUGCAAGCAAGGAAGAAGAACUGGAAACUGAUGCAUUAAGGAAAUAUUCCAUUUUGCAGAGCUGUGCUGGCGCAACUAAAAGAGAGAUCCCAUCUGCACCCAGGAAGUUGAGAUUUACUCUGGAGAGGUUCAGUGGCAAAUAUGAACAUUUGUCAACUUUUGACAACAACUCCUUGGGACACCAUGAAUUUGCUGGAAUCUAGACCACAGAGCAUUUGCAAUAGCACUUUUAAAUUUUAAUUUAAUUUAAAUCAAAAAAAAAUCAUCUGGAUUAAUUGUAGUCAUGGCUAGCAAAAGAAAAUCCACAACUCCCUGCAUGAUACCAGUAAAAACUCUGGUGCUUCAGGAGACUGAACUGGAUACUGUAGAAGGUGAUCAUGAGGGAACUCAACAGGAUGUUCCUCCUGAAGUGUCAGCAGCUAGUGAUGCUGGUGCAAGUAACAGCAAUAACGGAGCAUUAUCUAAUGGGCAUCGUGGUAUUGCUGAUAGCGAUACUUAUGUGUGCAAGUACUGUGACUUUGGAUCUCAAGAUGUUCAUCAUUUCAUUGGGCAUCUGGAUUCUGAGCACUUAGACUUUAGCAAAGAUCCUGUGUUUGUGUGUGUUGCAUGCAGCUUUUUGGCAAAAAGCAAUGAAGGGCUCUCACACCACAAUGCAGAGUUGCAUGCUGGUGAAACAAGCUUUGUUUGGAGUGUGACUAAGAAAGAUAAUCAUACAACAGUGGAACAAACUCUCUGUGAAGCCAUCAGCAGCCACGACCUUCCAGGAGAGGUCCCUGAAGAAGUGGUGGAUGGUCAGUCUGAAAUUAUCAUCACCAAAACCCCCAUCAUGAAGAUAAUGAAAGGUAAACCUGAGGCCAAAAAAAUCCACACGCUGAAAGAGAACAUAUCAAAUCAACUGAGCAGUGAAUCUGAAGUGAAAGAUGGAGAACAUUCAUUCACAAAUGGGUCCGUGCCGGUCAGCCAGUCCACUGCAAGUUCAGCAAAAUCAUCUCACAUAAUGAAUGGUUCCAUCAUAGGAAACGUGCCUGUUUUGCAGGCUGGUGUUGCACAGCUUGUUUCACUGCCACAGCAACCACCACUGCAUCAGCAGCUACCUACAUCUAAAUCCCUUCCCAAGGUGAUGAUUCCCUUGAGCAGCAUUCCAACAUACAAUGCAGCUAUGGACUCUAACAGCUUCCUGAAAAAUUCUUUCCACAAGUUUCCUUACCCAACAAAAGCUGAACUCUGCUACUUGACUGUGGUGACAAAAUACCCAGAAGAGCAGCUGAAGAUCUGGUUUACUGCACAGAGGUUGAAACAAGGCAUCAGCUGGUCACCAGAAGAGAUAGAAGAUGCCAGGAAAAAGAUGUUUAACACAGUUAUUCAGUCUGUGCCACAACCCACAAUUACAGUUCUGAACACACCAUUAGUCGCAAACCCUGGGAAUGUCCCGCAUCUUAUUCAGGCGACUUUACCUGGGCAUGUGGUCGGGCAGCCAGAAGGGACGGGGGGCCUGCUCGUUACGCAGCCGAUAAUGACAAAUGGGUUGAAAGGAACCAGUUCCUCCUUCACGUUAGCAGUGACCUCAGUUCCCAAAACCCAGCCUGCGACGCAGCACAGCACGGUGAGUUCCAGUAAUGCAUCAACAGUGAAAGUGGUCAAUACUGCCCAGUCUCUGCUCACUGCGUGUCCAGCCAUAUCCUCACAAACUUUCCUAGAUCCCAACAUUUACAAAAACAAAAAGUCCCACGAGCAGCUGUCUGCCCUGAAAGGCAGCUUUUACAGAAAUCAGUUCCCUGGCCAGGCUGAAGUCGAGCGGCUGACAAAAAUCACAGGCCUUUCUGCAAAGGAGAUUCGAAAAUGGUUUAGCGACAGGAGAUACCAUUAUAGGAAUGUGAAAAGUGGUAGAGCCGUGUUUGUGGGAGAUACUCUUGAUUCUCUGCCAGAAAUAACCUUUGAUGAGUCUCCCAAAGGAACAGAGCUGACUUCUACAACAGCAGUAACGCCGGUCGCUCAUCACCAAACAAGACGACAAUCCUGGCAUCAGACCCCCGACUUCACGCUGACAAAAUACAAAGAGCGAGCGCCAGAGCAGCUGAAGGCACUAGAGAGCAGUUUUGCACAAAAUCCUCUUCCGCCAGAUGAAGAGGUGAAUCGCUUGAGGAGUGAGACAAAAAUGACGCGGAGAGAAAUUGAUAGCUGGUUCUCUGAAAGGAGGAAAAAAAAGGUGGCAGAAGAAAAUAAAAAGUUAGAGGAAGCAGUUCAGCAGGAGGAGGAAGAGGCUGAAAAUGGUUGUGGAGAAGAAGACUCUUCAGACGACCUGAGGACCUCAAGUGAAAAUGGCUCAGUCGAUGCGUCUGCCAACAACCCAAAUUCAGCAGAGCGAAAAGUGAGUCCCAUUAAAAUCAAUCUGAAAAAUCUCCGAGUGACAGAGUCCAAUGGCAAAGGCGAAUUACCAGGGAUUAGUGCAAAUGAGAAAGGGGAUGGCAGCUCCAGCCGGCCUCCCACUCCUCAAAAAACCAAAAUGAACUUUAAAAAAACAGCCCAGCAGCGGCAUUUGCUUAAACAAAUGUUUGUGCAGACACAACGGCCAACAAACCAGGAAUAUGAUGCCAUAGUUUCCCAGACGGGCCUGCCGCGGGCCGAGGUAAUUCGCUGGUUCGGAGAUAGUCGAUACGGCUAUAAGAACGGGCAGUUGAAAUGGUAUGAGAACUACAGGCGUGGUAUUUUCCCUCCAGGCUUGGUAGAAAUCAGCCCUGCCGGUAGAGAGGUCUUGGAGGACUAUUACAAAAAGCACAAGGUGCUGCAGGAGGAUGACCUGCAGAGCCUCUGCGAGCGGUCUCAGCUGAGUGCCCCGCAGGUGAGAGUCUGGUUUGCCGUGAAGGCAGAGGAGGAGACCAGGGCCUCGUCCGACACGGGCAGCGAAGACAGAAACAGACUGAACUCUCGUCACCUGCCCUGGAGGAUCUGCACUUACCCGUGCGAAGACAUUUUUGAUUUUUUAAGAAACCCAUGGGCCGGCCUGAUGCACACCUAAGGAGCAGGACAAGGUGUUAAAGCACUGCCGUGAGCGAGACCUUUGAAUACAGCACAUCAGAGUGAGAGUUCACACGAAAACUGGGCACUUACUUAGCGCAGAGCUCUCUGCGAGACGGCCUAGGAGGUGGCUGAGAGCUGGCAGAGGUGGGGGCUGUGAGCGCGGCUCACGCCCAGCAAAGAGGAUGUUCUUAUUUGCUUCCCAGUGGACAGACUUUCAGAUUUCAUAUUCAUAUACUGAUGCCUACAGCUGCCUGUACAAGCAUAAUGAAUCUCAGACAUUGUGUAAACAAGGUCAUUACUUUAGACAUGGACUAUCAUGGCUCAAUACUUUUUUUUUUUUUUUUCCAUCUGUCCGUAAGGUGUUUGUUCUCUAAAGGCUGGCAUGGCUGCAUAAAUGCUCUCUAACUUUCGGGCUUUAAGCCCUGAUAACGAAAAGGUUUGUGUGCAUGUGUGUGUGCAGCUGUGUGCACAUGCGUGUAUGUGUGAGUGUGCGUGGGUUAGGAAAGGAGAGGUCUCUGAGAAGAAAACUGGCAGGCUUGCAUUCAAGUCAAGUGGAAGUUCAGUGGGAUUUUCCUCCCGAAGGUCGAGGUUAGAUUUAGCAUUGUAUACCUUCAAAUAGGUAGCGGAUCUGAAACUCAGAAAACCCAGGAGACGGAGUCUGGUGUCAUUUGUCCCUUGCUGGCUAGAGUACUUUUUCCGCCUCUGCUCUUGGAGACUCGCUGUAGCAGGCUGUUAAAUCUCCAAGUCUCCCUUUAAUCACUGAGGACUAGCACAUAAUAAUUUUUCCAUCCUGACCUGGAAUCCUUUUCAUUGUUUGGAGAGAACAGGCUGUUCUUCGGAGAACAAAUGCAGAGAAUACGCAGCGUUGCUGCUAAUGGCUCGAGCCGUUGUCUCCAAGGGAUCUGUUCGGCAGGCAGCUCUUCUGUAAUCAGGAAGUUUGCCUGUUACAGCCCUUCACGAUAAAUCCUGCUGCAGCGACACUGCUAACUUCCAGAAUUUGCUCCAACCUUUUUCUUCAGUCCAUCUACAGGAGUUCUGGCUUCAUAUGAAGUAGCAAAAUAAUUUUCCCUGUUAAUUUUCAGUACCUGGUUCUUGGUACCUGUACGUUUUAACAUGCCCAUGUUGUCUUGUGCGGUUGCUGUUUGAUACAAUUACUGGAAGAUUUUUUUAUAUUCCUUUCUAAUAGAAAGCAAGGUCUAGAAGGAGCUCUCAACCUAUAGAGUCUAGUCAAAUGCAGUGAGACCAUCCUGUCAUAAACUAAUCAAGCCCCAGAUCAAAACUGCUUCCACGUCUUGCCUUCACUUUUGCUGUUGGAAGGCUAUUCCAGAACUUCAUUGCCUCUGAAUGCUUAGAAACGUCAUUUAAAUUUCUAGUUUGAUUUAAUCAUGGCUGGUUCAUUCCUGGUAUGUUUUGAGGCCAACAUUGUCUUUUAACUUAAAUAGUUUUUGGUGUUUAUCCACUGAUGUAUUUAUGGAGAGUAGUCAUAGCUCCUCAUUUUUGCCAAGCUAACUCAGCCAAGCUUUUUCAGUAGAAGGUUUUUAUUUAGUGAGAGCUUUUAAAUGUGGGAGACUUUAUUGUUGGUGGUAAAUGAUAUUUAUUAGAAGGGUGGGUAGCAAGCCCCAAAGGAUCAGAUCCAGAGAUUUACAAAAAAUCUGUUUCAAAAACAAAAAGCUCUUCCAGAUCCUCUUCCAAAGAUGGUGUCUGAUUUCUAUCUUUAAUUGCAUUUGCUUUUCUGAUUCUUUCUUCAUCCCCUCUUUAAGAGGCUGCCUUACUCAAAUACUAGGAGAUCCGUGCGUUGUCAGUGCAUCGUAGGUGCCUGCGUCUGAGCUCGUGCGGCUCCCACUGCGGUCAGUGGAGAUCUGACUGCACAGCACAAGGUGCAACUCCUGCAACCAGGCAUACGCAGCUACUUUAAAAGAAGAUGAACUGCACCCUAAAGAGAGAUGGGGGCCAGAUGCAGACACCUGAACUGUAACCACAUCCCUCCCUUAGCAGACAGGUGAAUCCUCCCCCAAAUGCGAUGAGCGUGAGCGGUGGCACCAGGCUGACACCAGGCUCCCUGAAUUUCUUCUUCUUCAGAAGCACUACUGCCAGUCAUGCCUUUUAUUUGAGGCAUAACCAGCAACCAUCCCACCUCUGCUGCGUGUUGUCUCAGCAGCACAUCGUGUCUGUGAGGCCGCACUGCUCUCGUCCUGAAGAGCAGAGCUGGGUAUAACGUGAAGGCCGCCACGGUGCCGUGGAUUCAGCCCUUGCCGGUGUGAUCCUGUAUACCCUGCAGCUUCGCAGGUAACGGGGGAAGCUGGGUGUUCCUCGAGCUGAAAACACUAGUUCUAGGAGUCUUGUGGCCUGAGAGUAUGGGUCUAUGUGCAGUGUUACCUUCAGAGAACAAAUACAGGUAGGUAAUUUACUCUCUAUUGUCUAUGUACAUGCAGGUUUAUUUAAAUACACAUAUAUACAGUUCAGAUAUGCCAUUGAUUCUUUAUUGCAUUAAGAUGUACAUUAAAAAUGUACACUUUUACUAACUAAUUGCUAUAUAAAUAUGUUGGAAAUGUAGUUUUCCCUUUCAAGGUGAUUUUCUGUGGGAUUUUUGGUGUACACUUAAAGACUAAGGCUAAUUGGAAGAGUGAUCCCCACUCCAUCUACAGAAAUGCUUAAGGAUUAUGGUAUGAACUGGUCUCUUCAAACCAUUUUUCCAUGCACUAGCUGAAAUUUUUUUGCAUUUGGAUUGUAUUCAACCAGUUUUCCAGAAAAAAAGUGAAAAGAGAAAUCUUGUGAGCUAGGGGGAGAAUUUCCCGGUGUACACAGAAAAAACAGCCUUGAGGGUUGGAAGCUGCUGAGGUUUUUGAGCUUUGUCUCCAUGCAUUCAUACAAGCACAGCAGGAGUUUUCUUUCUUUUGGGUUAGAGGAAUUUUAAAAAGUGGUUCCAUGCAGACUCCCCUCAUACCCGGCGUCCGCGUGAACAGGCUGGCAAGCCCUGUUGCACUGGGGGGGAGGGGGGUAAGACUUAAAGACAAAAACACCGACAUACAGCUUUUGAACCAGAAAUCAAAAAGUAACUGAGUUCCCUUUCUAACUAGCACAUUCUUUGUUAUCUGCAUUUUUAGUUGACUUGGUAUUUCCUUAAAAAUUAAAGCGAAAGAUUUGAGGGUUUAGCUCUGUAGUCUUUUGUUUCCCUAUCGCAUCAUUUUUGAAGCUGAAGAGAGAAGCAGGUGUCAUCUCCAAAUGCAUCAGGUUUUGAUGCAGGCUGACAUUAGAAAUAUGUUUGCAUCUGAACCUGAAAGAAGUAAUUGAGAGGUGGCUUGACAGUCCCAGCAGCAGCUCUUCUGGUGUUAAGAGGAAGCGUCACCACAAUUCUACAUGUAGUGCGAAUAUUUAUCAUCAUUAAUCAACGAUGCCUAUGUUGACUUAAAGAGAGGUCGUGCAACCAGCAUCAGUAGGGAAGGGAAAUUAAUUUCUUCAUCUCCAUCAGCUUUGUGUGAGCUUGGGUUUGAUAGACACAGUAGUAACCAUCAUUUUAAUCCAUGUGAAUCUUGUUAAUUAUUUCUCUGAGGCUGCUUAGAUUAAGGUCACAAUCCAGUUAUUUAAUAACCUGCAACCCUGACUUGUGCUGUACUUGUGUCACUUGUGUAAAGGGCUGCUGGUUCUCCUAAUGCAAGGAACAGAGUUAGUUUAUUUGUUAAUAGCAGGGCCCAGACGAGAUUUCUAGACACAGCUCUGUUUUGUAUCGGUGGGUUAUUUUUCUGUUCCUUAACUAGUAUCCUGGAAAUCCUGAUUUUCUUACUUUAUUUUUUUAGCAGAACACUAAACCAUCAUUUACAGGAAUCUAGUUCCAUUUGCCUGAGAGCUACUGCACACUGUGCCCGCAGCCAGAGGAAUGGCCACAGGUGUUUGCUCCAGCUCGCGGUAGUUAAAGCGGCUGCCUGUCCCCUCGCUGCUGGGGGCUUGCGCUGGUCACUGUGAGAAGCCAUUAGCAAAAGCAGCAGCUGAUGGUGGCUGCGACUAGCAAUCCGGUAGGCAAGCCUGCAGCUUAAUGCAGAACCUUAGCCUGACAGUGACACUCGUGCAGAAGUUGGAGCUGCAAAAUAUCUGCUUGGUUUAUUCUUGUCAUCCCCCAUCUGUUUAGGAGGAUGUGAAGGGUGGGUGUUUUUUUUUUUUUUUUUUUUUCCCUUUUUCCACCAUUUAGUGUUUUGUUUUUAAUGAAAAAGCAACAAUUUUUGUUACAGGUAGAAGUUUGUAACC